AUGGCCAUAGUGAAUGAUAGUGAAGACAAUUUACAUUUGCUAUUUGAACGAAGAUCAGGAACAGAUACUACUAGUAAACUUGUAAUGAAUGAUAAAACUGUAAAAAACAUUAUCAUUAAUGAACUGCUUGGACCAAACAUUACAGAUUAUUCAUAUCAAUCUGCUUCAACAGAAUGGUCAGACAGAAUGAAAUCAGAUGUCCUGUAUAUACCUACUGAAGUUAGUUAUGCUCAACCUCCAAUCCUGGUUGAAAUCCAAAACAGUAUUGAUCAAGCGUUCAUGAUAAGAUGAAUACAAUAUUGUACUUAUAUGCUUGAAUGUUACAAAGUAUUGCCUUUGGUUCUUGUAUCUGUAGUUGAAAAGUUUUCUAACAAGGAACUUGAAAAAAAAAAAAGUCCUGCCAAAUAUUAAAGCCUCAUAUUUGCUAGAAACUCCAUGUGUAUUUUGGGGUCAGGUGGCACAUUUUAUGUUGUUAAAAUCAAUUGAAAAUCAUAUAAAAGUGGAAAUGAAUCAGC